AUGGCAUCGACAUACGACGUUGGCACGAGGGCGUGGCAGCCUGAUGCUGCCGAGGGUUGGGUAGCCUCGGAGCUGGUCAGCAAAGACAUUGACGGCUCAACAGCAAAACUUGUUUUUAAACUUGAUAAUGGCGAGACCAAGACCGUCGAGGUUCCAGUCGAUGCCUUACAAAGCGGGAAUCAUGCAUCAUUACCGCCCCUGAUGAACCCUACGAUGCUGGAAGCCAGCGAUGACCUUACCAAUCUAUCCCAUCUUAACGAACCUGCUGUGUUACAAGCGAUCAGAUUACGAUAUUUACAGAAGGAAAUCUACACUUACAGUGGAAUUGUCCUCAUUGCAACGAAUCCGUUUGCUCGAGUCGACUCCCUUUAUGUACCGGGUAUGGUACAAGUCUACGCUGGGAAACAGCGGGCGACCCAAGCUCCGCAUCUUUUUGCCAUCGCCGAAGAGGCCUUCAUAGACAUGAUUCGAGAUAACAAGAAUCAGACGAUUGUUGUGUCUGGCGAAUCGGGUGCCGGGAAGACUGUGAGCGCCAAGUAUAUUAUGCGGUACUUCGCGACCAGAGAAUCACCCGAAAACCCAGGAGCCCGCUCCAAACGUGGUCCUGAAGCCAUGAGCGAGACCGAAGAGCAGAUCCUGGCUACUAACCCUAUCAUGGAAGCUUUCGGCAACGCUAAAACGACAAGAAAUGAUAAUAGCUCGCGAUUUGGCAAAUAUAUUGAGAUCAUGUUCGACGAAAAAACGAAUAUUAUCGGUGCCAAGAUAAGAACGUACCUGCUAGAACGAUCGCGUCUGGUCUUUCAACCCCUCAAAGAGCGAAACUACCACAUCUUUUACCAGCUUGUCGCCGGUGCCUCUGACAGCCAACGCCAGGAUCUUGAUAUCCUACCGAUUGAGCAGUUCGAGUAUCUGAACCAAGGCAAUUGUCCUACUAUUGACGGUGUGGAUGACAAAGCUGAAUUUGAGGCUACCAAGAAAUCUUUGCAGACGAUUGGCGUAUCAGAGGCUCAGCAAAAUGACAUUUUCAAGCUUCUGGCUGGUUUGCUGCAUCUUGGUAAUGUGAAGAUCACAGCGUCCAGAACCGACAGCGUCCUUGCGCCAACAGAGCCGUCGCUGGAGAAGUCCUGUGCCAUUCUCGGAGUCGAUGCGCCUGAAUUCGCCAAAUGGAUCGUCAAGAAACAACUAAUCACUAGAGGCGAGAAAAUCACAUCAAAUUUGAGCCAAGCUCAGGCCAUUGUUGUGCGUGAUUCGGUUGCCAAAUUCAUCUACUCAAGCUUGUUCGACUGGCUAGUGGAAAUUAUCAACCGUAGUCUGGCUACAGAAGAAGUUCUCAACCGUGUAAAAUCCUUUAUUGGCGUCCUGGAUAUCUACGGAUUCGAACAUUUUGCUAAAAAUUCGUUUGAGCAAUUUUGUAUUAAUUACGCCAAUGAGAAGCUGCAACAAGAAUUCAAUCAACACGUGUUCAAGCUGGAACAAGAAGAAUAUCUAAAAGAACAGAUUGACUGGACAUUCAUUGACUUUUCGGACAACCAGCCAUGUAUCGACCUCAUUGAAGGCAAACUCGGCAUCUUGUCCCUCCUGGACGAAGAGUCCAGAUUGCCCAUGGGUUCGGAUGAACAGUUUGUUACAAAGCUUCACCAUAACUUUGCGACAGACAAGCAACACACGUUUUUCAAGAAGCCUAGAUUUGGAAAAUCCGCCUUCACUGUCUGUCAUUACGCCAUCGAUGUAACCUAUGAAUCAGAGGGCUUCAUUGAAAAGAAUCGAGACACUGUGCCGGAUGAACACAUGACAGUACUCCGGGCUACUACGAACCCGUUUCUGAAACAAGUGCUUGAUGCUGCCUCAGCUGUCAGGGAAAAAGAUGUUGCUUCUGCUUCCUCAAAUGCUGUGAAGCCCGCCGGUGGUAGGAAAAUCGGGGUGGCCGUUAACAGGAAGCCUACACUGGGGGGCAUUUUCCGAUCUUCUCUCAUUGAAUUGAUGAAUACAAUCAACAAUACGGACGUUCAUUAUAUUCGGUGUAUCAAGCCUAAUGAGGCCAAGGCAGCGUGGCAAUUUGAAGGUCCCAUGGUCUUAAGCCAGUUGCGUGCUUGUGGCGUUUUGGAGACCGUUCGCAUUAGUUGCGCUGGAUAUCCUACCAGGUGGACAUAUGAAGAGUUUGCACUCAGAUAUUACAUGCUUGUGCAUUCUGAUCAGUGGACCGCAGAGAUUCGCGAAAUGGCCAAUGCCAUCCUGACAAAGGCUUUGGGUACAAGCACUGGCAAAGGGCUGGACAAGUAUCAGUUGGGUCUAACCAAGAUCUUCUUCCGCGCUGGCAUGCUUGCAUUCCUGGAGAAUCUACGAACGAGUCGACUGAACGGCUGUGCCAUUCUCAUUCAGAAGAAUUUGAGAGCGAAGUACUAUCGUCGUCGAUAUCUGGAGGCCCGAGAAUCUGUUAUUCGUUCUCAGUCUGCCGCCAGAGCCUAUAUUGCUAGAAGACAGGCACAGGAGCUCCGCACUGUAAGAGCAGCGACUACAAUUCAACGUGUAUGGCGAGGCCAGAAAGAACAAAAGAAGUUCUUGGCUAUCCGAAAGGAUAUGAUUCUCUUCGAGUCGGCAGCCAAGGGUUAUCUUCGACGAAAGCAGAUUAUGGAGACCAGGGUGGGCAACGCCGCACUCGUCAUUCAGCGGGCAUGGCGAUCCCGUCGACAACUACAGUCCUGGCGCCAGUAUCGUAGAAAGGUGACGUUGAUUCAAAGUCUGUGGCGUGGUAAGCUUGCGAGACGAGGCUACAAGAAGAUUCGGGAGGAGGCUCGCGAUCUGAAGCAAAUUUCGUACAAGCUGGAAAACAAGGUUGUUGAACUUACUCAGUCUUUGGGGUCGAUGAAAGAAAAGAACAAAAACCUUGCGGCACAAGUUGAGAACUACGAAAGUCAGAUCAAGUCGUGGAAGAAUCGACACAACGCACUUGAGGCAAGAACGAAGGAACUGCAGACCGAGGCUAACCAGGCGGGUAUCGCAGUUGCGCGUCUACAGGCAAUGGAGGAGGAGAUGAAGAAACUACAGCAGGCAUUCGAUGAGUCAACAGCAAAUAUUAAACGAAUGCAAGAAGAGGAGCGUGACUUAAGAGAAUCACUACGCCUGUCAAACACAGAACUGGAGUCUGCAAAGCAGACGAGCAAUGACAGAGAAAAGGACAAUGUCAGUCUCAGACAAGAGCUUGACGCUCUGCGUGACGCUUUGGAAGUGGCCAAGAGAACCGCUCCUGUCAAUGGAGAUCUCGCCAAUGGUACCCCGGCGACAGCAUUGACAGGUACUGGACUCAUUAACCUCGUUGCCUCCAAAAAGCCGAAGCGUAGAAGUGCCGGAGCUGAGCCCCGAGAUUUGGAUCGCUUCAGUGCCGCCUACAAUCCUCGCCCAGUCUCCAUGGCUGUCACAAACACUGCUCAUCGGCAGAACUUGUCCGGUACAACGUAUAUUCCUGGGGUUGAUAACAUUGAAAUGGAAUUAGAGUCCCUUCUUGCCGACGAGGAUGGCUUGAACGAAGAGGUGACCAUGGGCUUGAUUCGCAACCUGAAAAUUCCCUCACCAAAUUCAACCCCUCCGCCUUCCGAUAAAGAAGUGUUGUUCCCCUCCUACCUCAUUAACCUAGUCACCUCUGAGAUGUGGAAUAAUGGGUUUGUCAAGGAAUCAGAACGUUUCCUAGCAAAUGUGAUGCAAUCCAUUCAGCAGGAGGUAAUGCAACACGACGGGGACGAGGCAAUCAACCCUGGUGCAUUCUGGCUUUCCAACGUCCACGAGAUGUUGUCAUUCGUUUUUCUUGCUGAAGACUGGUACGAGACACAGAAGACUGAUAACUACGAAUAUGACCGCCUGCUUGAAAUUGUCAAGCACGACCUCGAGAGCUUGGAGUUCAAUAUCUACCAUACUUGGAUGAAGGUCCUGAAGAAAAAGUUGCACAAGAUGAUCAUCCCAGCUAUCAUUGAAUCGCAAUCUCUUCCUGGUUUCAUCACCAAUGAGAGCAAUAGGUUUUUGGGCAAGCUUCUGCAGUCCAACUCUGCCCCAGCAUACAGCAUGGACAAUCUAUUGAGCUUGCUCAACAGUGUCUUCCGGGCCAUGAAGGCUUUCUACCUGGAAGACUCUAUUCUCACACAGACGAUCACAGAGCUUCUUCGCCUUGUCGGCGUUACUGCAUUCAAUGACUUGCUCAUGCGCCGCAACUUCCUCUCAUGGAAGCGAGGCCUGCAAAUCAACUAUAACAUCACGCGCAUUGAGGAGUGGUGUAAGAGCCAUGAUAUGCCAGAAGGCACGCUUCAGCUUGAGCAUUUGAUGCAAGCAACAAAACUCCUUCAACUCAAGAAAGCUACUCUAAACGACAUUGAAAUAAUCCAGGACAUAUGUUGGAUGCUCUCACCAAACCAAAUCCAAAAGUUGCUAAACCAGUACCUAGUCGCAGACUACGAACAGCCUAUUAAUGGAGAAAUCAUGAAGGCUGUUGCCUCUAGAGUGACUGAGAAGAGUGAUGUACUGCUUCUUCAGGCAGUUGAUAUGGAUGAUAGCGGACCCUACGAGAUUGCAGAACCUCGAGCGAUUACUGCGCUCGAGACUUACACCCCAUCUUGGCUGCAAACUCCUCGUUUAAAACGAUUGGCUGAAAUAGUCUCGGCUCAAGCUAUCGCCCAACAAGAAAAGCUCGAGUAUGGAAAUGCCGGCGAAUUCGAAGGCCAAGACGACGAUAUUCUUGAAGCAGAUGAAACCGCUGUUGAGCCUGCACAAUAA